GUUUCCUAUUGGUCACGGCGGUAUUCCAAGUCUUACGUAGAGGCUCCGAGCGAGAUCAUUUGGCUUAUAGUGAUACUUAUCUGGCAGCAUGGCAGCCUCUCAGGAUUUGAAGGAAGAGAGGAGGAAGGAUCACAAAGACUAUAUUUUGGAGCCACUUUCUCUGCCAGAAAAUCCAGGUGGCGUAUCUGCUGAAGAAGUCUCUCCAUCUGUGCCUUGCCUGUUAUGUGAAGAAUAUUCACCGGCAUUAGAACAAAAGCAACUUUUGAAGCACAUGAUUAUAGAGCACAAGCUUGUCAUAGCAGACGUCAAGCUGGUUGCAGAUUUCAGGAGAUAUGCAUUGUACUGGAAGAAAAGAUUUAAAGAGCAGCCUAUUACAGACUUCUGUUGUGUAAUAAGAACAAAUUCAGAAGCACCUUUAGCGGACCAGGACAAUUAUUUUCUUUUAUGUGAUGCUUUACCUGAAGACAGAGCACUCAGAGAGGAGCUCCAGCAGCAGCGAUUGAAGGACAUUCUGGAGCAGCAACAGCAAGAGAGAUACGAUGCAGACUUUUGUGGCAUCUGCUUAUUCUGUGACAAAGAAUUUACUGGUAACAGGUCACUCGUUCUCAAUCACAUGGCAAAUGAUCAUGCAUUCAAUAUAGGACUGCCAGAUAACAUUGUAAAUUGUAAAGAAUUUUUAGAUCUUCUGCAGAAGAAACUUAGCAGUUUGCAGUGCCUAUAUUGUGAAAAAAUAUUUCGGGAUAAGAACACACUCAGGGAUCAUAUGAGAAAGAAGCAGCAUCGCAGAAUCAGUGCCAAAAACAGAGAAUAUGACAGAUUUUAUAUUAUUAAUUAUCUGGAAUUUGGAAAGUCCUGGGAAGAAGUUCAGUCAGAAGAUGAUCGAGAAUUGUUGCCCAACCAAGAAGAAGACUGGUCUGGCUGGGAAGAACAUCCUCUUUGUGCAGUUUGCCUCUUCUGUGAGAAACAGGCAGACACUACAGAAAAGCUCUAUGUUCACAUGAAGGAGUCACAUGGGUUUGAUCUCCUGCAAAUUAAGUCUGAGCAUGGCUUGAAUUUCUAUCAACAGGUGAAGUUAGUGAACUUCAUUAGGAGAGAAGUCCACCAGUGCCGGUGUUACAGCUGCCUGAAAAAACUCCCAUCGAAAAAGGAGUUGGUAACUCAUAUGGAAGAGGCCAAACACAUAACAUUAUUGCCAGCAAGGUCCAUGUGGGAUCAGCCCCAGUAUUAUUUUCCUACCUAUGAAAAUGAUACUCUUCUCUGCACUCUCUCGGACAGUGAGGAAGAGCUGACUUCAGGGGGAGCAAAACAGGCUGUGCCUGUCAUUAGCGAGGACAUUUCUAACCUAGAGGCUUUGAAAAAGAGCAGCAUAUUAAAUCAGCUUCUGCGUGAGGAGACAAAUAAUGAAGAACCUUAAUGUCAAAUUACUUUUUCCCCUUAAUAUGGAGACAAUUACCUUACAGUGCAACAUUUGAUUUGGUAAUUUAAAAUGUAAUAUGAAUUCAUGACUUGUAAUAGACCAGCUAAUUGAGAGGGAGGCUCAAAUAAAAAUCAGCAUUUGAAAAACAUCA